AUGUCUUCGAUCCGGCUGCGAAUUGACGGACGGAUAUUCCGCGACCCUCAGAACCGUGAAGUUACCCUACACGGCAUCAACUGUGCAGCAGACGCCAAGUUCCCUGCGUCUCCCAAUCAGCCUUCACACGUGCCAGACAACUUCUUCGAUGGCGACAACGUUUCUUUCGUAAACCGACCGUUUUCUCUGCAGGAUGCGGGGACACAUUUCUCGCGAUUGCGUAGUUGGGGCUACAACACAAUCCGCUACAUUUUCACAUGGGAAGCCAUAGAGCAUACUGGGCCCGGAAAGUACGAUGAAGAGUGGAUAGAUCACACAAUCGCCGUGUUGCGUAAAGCGAAGGAAUAUGGCUUCUAUAUCUUCAUGGAUCCGCAUCAGGACGUCUGGUCGCGAUUCUCUGGAGGCUCUGGUGCACCUAUGUGGACGCUGUACGCCUGUGGCCUAGAUCCCGAGCACUUCGCCGUUACAGAAGCCGCGCUUGUCCAAAAUACAUAUCCCGAACCUGCGAACUACCCCAAGAUGAUAUGGGCCACCAACUACACACGUUUAGCAUGUCAAGUCAUGUGGACAAUCUUUUUUGGUGGUAGGGACUUUGCGCCCAAGGCCAUCAUCGACGGAAAAAAUAUACAGGACUACUUGCAAGAACACUACCUUGGGUCAUGUGAACACCUUGCGAAACGGAUACGCGACGCAGGUGACCUUUGGCACGACCCAAUCGUGGGGUGGGAAAGCAUGAACGAGCCCAACCGGGGACUGAUUAGCUACCAGGAUAUCACUCAGAUACCGAGCGAGCAGAAGUUGCAGAAGGGUACGUCACCCACUGCGUGGCAAGCCAUUCUUACCGGAUCGGGAAGAGCUUGCGAGAUCUCAACAUGGGACUUUGGUGGUCUCGGCCCCUAUAAGAGUGGCUCGGUCCUGGUGGACCCCGAAGGAACCAUGGCGUGGUUAUCAAAAGACUGUGACGAUACUAAAUACGGCUGGAAGCGCGAUCCCGGGUGGCGAUUGGGCGAGUGCUUGUGGGCUCAACACGGCGUAUGGGAUCCCAAAACUGAUACAGUCCUGAAGAAAGAUUACUUUGGAGUCGACCCCAAGAACGGUGCCAAGAUUGACUACGAGUACUUUACCAACCAUUACUGGCUGCCGCAUUACCGUGCGUACAGCAAAAUGGUCAAAUCAAUCUUCCCGGACUCGUUGAUGUUUUUCCAGCCACCGGUGUUGGAGAUUCCUCCUACGAUCAAGGGUACCGAGGACGACGACCCCAACAUCAUCUUCUCCCCGCAUUUCUAUGACGGCAUCACGCUCAUAACUAAGAAAUGGAACCGGGUAUGGAAUGUGGAUGUGUUUGGUGUGCUGCGGGGAAAGUAUCUGACGCCAGCUCUUGCCAUCAAGAUUGGCGAGAGUGCGAUUAGAAAUUGCUUCUCCCAUCAGCUCAAGGCAAUCCGGGAUGAGGGCACAGAGUACAUGGGGGUUCACCCCUGCGUCUUUACCGAGAUUGGUAUUCCAUAUGACAUGGACGACAAGUAUGCAUACAAGACUGGCAACUACAGCAGCCAAAUAGCAGCGCUAGAUGCCAAUCAUUUUGCACUGGAGGAUAGCAAGGCUAAUGGGUUUGCGUUGUGGACCUAUGUGGUUAAUAACUGCCAUUACUGGGGUGACAUGUGGAAUGGCGAGGACUUGUCCAUCUAUUCCCAAGACGACCAGGCGGUUCCUGCGGGUCCCUUCCCACCAGCUGCAUCUCGUGCAUCUCUUGAUACUAGUUCGCCGACGUUUUCGAAAUCUCAAUCGGCUGAUACUGCUAGCAUUACCCCUUCCAACAUACAAAAGACAGUGUCCUCGGAACAGAUGAGUCCGAAAAAUGACGAGGGUGAUGUCCGUGGGUUACGCGCGGCAGAAGCCUUCAUUCGACCUACGCCUAUUGUAGUGCAUGGAGACAUCUCAUCGUACGGCUUCGACCUGAGGUACUGCACAUUCAAGCUUGCGCUUUCAGCGCCGAGCUCGACAUCAGAGGACGCACCCACAGUUUGCUACCUUCCCGAAUUUCACUUCCCAUCCGGCCAAACCAGUGUCGAAGUCAGCGGUGGCAAGUGGGCAAUUACGUCGGAAGAGACCAAUGGUGCGUUGCAGCAGACACUGCGGUGGUGGCAUGCAGCAGGCGACCAGAGCAUUACUGUCAAGGGAAUGGUGCGGAAGCCGGGAAAUGCACUAGGCACAGAAGAUGACGAAGGGGGCUACCUACAGCAGUAUUCCAGCCAGAUUUGCACUGUUAUGUAG